AGUAGCAUCUGCAGUGCAUGAGCCCCCUGAGCCCUGGAAACCAGAGCGGUCACUGGGAUGGCCGGGCAGGUGGUGUUGGUGCCAAGAGACUCAGAUCACAUUCUCGAAGUGAAUCAACAAUGCCAACAUCGAGCUGCCUUCCACGAGAGGGAGCCACAAGCCCCAGAGCUGGGAGUCCCAGCACGGCACGCAGCCCACAUGCUUUAGAACAGUCAAGGAAUCCUUAACCUCCCAGGUUCCCCAUUCUGUGGAAGAGCAUGUGGGGCUCUUCCUGGGCUCUGCCAAGGUGGCAGCUGGGAGCCCUGGACAUGGAGCCCGGGCCCUUCCCCCAGACCAGCACCAGAGCCCUAGGUGCCUCCACCACAGGCCUCUGGGGGGUCUGAUGGCUCAGAGAAAGGACUGGGAUGCAGAUGUAGAGGCCCCCAGGACACAAAGCCCAGGCUCACUCUGGCACCCGUGCCAGUCUUGCUGGGUUCUUAAGGAAAGAGUCCACUGUGAAAGACGGUAGAGAGACCUAACCUGAGAAGACGACCUGGAGGGAACCAGGACAUGCAGGAUGAAGAAAGGAUGAGGCCCGGCGUCCAGGGACACAUCGUGGGACAAAGACGUGUGUGAUGAAGAAAGGAUGAGGCCCGGCGUCCAGGGACACAUCAUGGGACAAAGACGUGUGUGGUGAAGAAAGGACGAGGCCCGGCGUCCAGGGACACAUCGCGGGACACACACGUGUGUGGUGGAGAAAGGACGAGGCCCGGCGUCCAGGGACACAUCGCGGGACAAACACGUGUGUGGUGAAGAAAGGACGAGGCCCGGCAUCCAGGGACACAUCAUGGGACAAAGACGUGUGUGAUGAAGAAAGGACGAGGCCUGGCAUCCAGGGACACAUCGCGGGACAAAGACAUGUGUGAUGAAGAAAGGACGAGGCCCGGCGUCCAGGGACACAUCGCGGGACACAGACGUGUGUGAUGGAGAAAGGACGAGGCCCGGCAUCCAGGGACACAUCGCAGGACAAACACGUGUGUGAUGAAGAAAGGACAAGGCCCGGCGUCCAGGGACACAUUACGGGACACACACGUGUGUGAUGAAGAAAGGACGAGGCCCGGCGUCCAGGGACACAUCAAGGGACACACACGUGUGUGAUGGAGAAGGGACGAGGCCCGGCAUCCAGGGACACAUCACGGGACACACACGUGUGUGAUGGAGAAAGGACGAGGCCCAGCGUCCAGGGACACAUCAUGGGACAGAGACGUGUGUGAUGGAGAAAGGACGAGGCCCGGCAUCCAGGGACACAUCACCGGACAGAGACGUGUGUGAUGGAGAAAGGACGAGGCCCGGCGUCCAGGGACACAUUGCAGGACACACACGUGUGUGGUGGAGAAAGGACGAGGUCCGGCGUCCAGGGACACAUCGCGGGACAGAGACGUGUGUGGUGAAGAAAGGACGAGGCCCGGCGUCCAGGGACACGUCACAGGACACACACGUGUGUGAUGGAGAAAGGACGAGGCCCGGCGUCCAGGGACACAUCACGGGACACACACGUGUGUGGUGGAGAAGGGACGAGGCCUGGCAUCCAGGGACACAUUACGCAACACAUGUGUGGUGGAGAAAGGACGAGGCCCGGCGUCCAGGGAAACAUCACGGGACACACACGUGUGGUGGAGAAAGGACGAGGCCCGGCGUCCAGGGACACAUCACGGGACAGAGAUGUGUGUGGUGGAGAAGGGACGAGGCCCGGCGUCCAGGGACACAUCAUGGGACACACACGUGUGUGAUGGAGAAGGGAUGAGGCCCGGCAUCCAGGGACACAUCACGGGACACACACGUGUGUGGUGGAGAAAGGACCAGGCCCGGCGUCCAGGGACACAUCAUGGGACAGAGAUGUGUGUGGUGGAGAAGGGACGAGGCCCGGCGUCCAGGGACACAUUACGGGACACACACGUGUGUGGUGGAGAAGGGACGAGGCCCGGCAUCCAGGGACACAUCGCGGGACACACAUGUGUGUGAUGGAGAAGGGACGAGGCCCUGCGUCCAGGGACACAUCAUGGGACAAAGACGUGUGUGGUGGAGAAAGGACGAGGCAUCGGAGGCACAGUGCAGGGACUGCAGUCAACAAUAACUUAAUCAUACAUUUAAAAAUAACAGUGUAAUGCGAUGGCUUGUAACAUAAAGGAUAAAUGCUGAGGGGAUGGACACCCCAUUUUUCGUGACGUGACUGUUACACAUUGCACGCCUGUAUCAAAACAUCUCAGGCACACCAUAAAUAUGUACACAUACUAUGAACCUACAAACCUUAAAAUUAAAAAGUGCCUUAGAAAAGAAAGACAGAAGCAGCUGUCAUCAGGAUCCUCGGAGACCAGCGAAAGCAGCACCAAAGGGAAAUCAGUCACUGGAGAAACGAAAGUUCAGGCAUGAAAAACGGCCCCAUGAUGAAAAGCAUGAGAGCAAGCCCUACAAAUCAGCAGAAGGGUUUGACGUUAAAGCUGAAGAGGUCUUUCCACGAGUAAAGAAAAAAGAGGUGGAAAUAACGAAGUCAAGAAAAUGGGCAGAGCCCAAGUCUCUUAAUGGCUUUGCUCUGGUCGUGAGUGCUGAAGGGAAGAUAUUUUACGCAUCAGCAACGAUCGUGGACUAUCUGGGCUUCCACCAGACGGACGUAAUGCACCAGAACAUUUACGACUACAUCCAUGUGGACGACCGCCAGGACUUCCGCCGGCAGCUGCACUGGGCCAUGGACCCUCCCCAGGUGGUGUCUGGGCAGCCCCCGCCCUCGGAGACAGGAGAUGACGCCGUCCUGGGGAGGCUGCUCAGGGCCCAGGAGUGGGGCGCAGGCGUGCCCAUCGAGUACUCGGCCUUCCUGACCCGCUGCUUCGUCUGCCGUGUGCGCUGCCUGCUAGACAGCACCUCAGGCUUCCUGACGAUGCAGUUUCAAGGGAAACUAAAAUUCCUGUUUGGACAGAAGAAGAAGGCGCCCUCAGGGGCGGUGCUCCCACCGCGGCUGUCGCUGUUCUGCGUUGUGGCACCGGUUCUCCUUCCCUCCGCAACUGAGAUGAAAAUGAGGAGUGCGCUUCUGAGGGCCAAGCCCAGGGCUGACUCUGCGGCGCCCACGGAUGCAAAAGUAAAGGCCACCAUGAGUCUGUGCAAAUCGGAACAGCAUGGAAAACCCAAUUACUCAGCAGGAAGGAGCAGCAGAGAAAGCGGCAUUUUGGUGCUCAGGGAACAGACUGACACUGGCCAAUGGGCACAGGUUCCCGCCAGAGCCCCAUGCCUCUGCCUCCGGGGCAGCCCUGACCUUGUCCUCAAACCCAAGCGGACCUCAAGGGACAGGGAGGAGCAGCAGCAGAGGGUGCUGAGCAGGGCCUCUGGAGCUUCAGGGCGGAGGGAGACACCGGGACCCACAAAGCCCCUGCCCUGGAUGGCAGGAAGGCGCAGUGAGGAUGGUGCCCGGCCGAAGGUGCAGCCCAACCAGAGUGGCCUACUCUCCCUGCGCCCCACGUCCCAUGGCUCCUGCCUGCCCUACCCAUGUGUCCAGGGCACUUUCAAUGCCAGUAGCUCGGGCACAUUCAGGAACUUGCCCAUCUCUCAGCCGCCAAGCCCACCCCCCAGUGCCCACGCCAUCCGGACCAGCAGAGCCUCGUGGGAUGUCUGUGAGGACCAGGUGCACCCUCCUCUCUGCCACUUUCCCCAGGGGAGCCUGCAGCACCCUCAGCCUGAAACUCAGCAUUUGGCCUCAAGGGGCUACACCACAGAGGACGGGAAGCUGCGAGGCGUGCAGAUGCCUCCAAGGGGCCUGUGCAGCCCGACGCUGCUGUUAGAUGUGCCCAUCAAGAUGGAGAAGGACUCUGGGUCUGAGGAUGCUGCCCAUGGCUGCAUGCCCAGCCAGGUGUGGGGGCUGGGGGCUGGGGACAGGAGCCGUCUGGUCACCUUCCCUACCAGGAUGCCCCUGAAGACAGAGCCAGACUCCCUGCACCAGGUCUACACUGCACACCUCGGGCAUGGCGUGUUGGGGGCUCAGCCCCAAGGCAGGGCCACUAUGGGGCGCAGCAGGGAGCUGGCCACUUUCCACCCUGCACACUGUGCACGCCUGGAACCCACACACAGCCUUCCCCAGCUGGAGCCUCCCCACCAGCUCUGCGCACGGGGCCGAGGUGAACUCUCCUCCCUGCCAAGCUGCACCUGCAGAGCUGCUGAGACCGCCCCUGUGGUCAAGCGCGAGCCACUGGACUCGCCCCCGUGGGCCACUUACAGCCAGGGAAGGGCGCCUGGGAUGUUUCCCAAAAGUGCCUUGGCGACGCUGGUCCCACCCCAAGCCUCAGAGUGCACAUUCCUGCCGUAGCGCGGUGACCAAGCUCGGAUCCAUCAGUCAACGCUCAGAUGUGCCAGUGGCUGGGCUGCCCCUGACCUGGUCAGGUCGGAGCCCUUCCUAAGAAAUGCUCUGCAGAGCCGCACGUGCACAGUCCCUCCCCUUGUCUGUGUGCGCAGCCUACACAGCAGCGUAUCCCAAAUUUUAUAAAAUAUCUCAACCAUUCUUAAAUGCGAACUGGCCUUAAGUCUACUCAGGCAUGUUAGCACUUCUCUUUGAGGAAUUAAAAUCUUUAAUAAAGUGGUCACGGCUGGGUCGUGCCUGAGAGGCAGGGAGUGCCGUCCCACUGCUGCCAAGUCCACAGUCAGGGAAGCUGUGGGGGGGGGCGCUUCUAGCUCAGCCCUCCCUGGCCACCUGCAGCUUCCGGCCUGUGCUGUGCAGGCAGCGUCAGCCUCACUGGAGUGCGCUGCAGAGGCCAGCACCCGGCAAAUUAGAAAUACACCUCGCGGAGAAAGGGGCUGUGAGCCCACUCACGGAGGAAUCUAGAAUGCUCCAGGCAGCAGAGGCUGGCAGCGCUGGGUCCCACACUGCCCUGCGCUGUGCAGCAGGUGCUCCGUGGCGCCAAGACAGAGUCUGAGGCCAGGUCUGGACUAGAAACGGGCAGGGUAACACCUGUUCCUUCUGGACAUCUCCCGUGUUCUUAAUGUGUCUCUGCAGAUGGUUCUUACUAAUCUGCCUCUUGGUACAUCAUGCAAUACAGAGUUCACAGACCUGAGUUUGGAAGUACAAAGAAACACACAACGUAGAGAAAAGACAUCGGAGACCGCGCUGUCUGUGGGGUUUUCCUCCCUGUCUGGCUGUCUCUAUAGUUCACUCAGAUGAGGGUUCCCAUGGCCAUUCUCGGAGAAUAAUUAGGGACAAGAUGGACAAGUACUAAUAACAUUAAAACAGCUGUAAAGGCAAUAUAUUCUGAGGGUAGGAAAUGUGGAUACAAAAGCAAAGUCAGAAAGUCAAGGUCACCGGUCCACCAACCCGAGAUAACUUACGGCUGACGGUGCAGUUCAGGCUUCUUCAAUGCUGCACCCAGCUGGUGCAGGCACCACAUCAGGGUGUAGAAGUCGCCACCAAGCAGGAGGAAGCCGUGGCAUGAGGCCCCUCUCCUCAGGGACGUCAGCUCCACUGGGAGAGCCCUCGGGGUGAGGGACCCACCAUCCCAUCGCACUGCGCAUUCUGCCUCCUGCGUGGACUCCCCCUCGUCGGUGGCUUUGGAGUGUCACUGUUUAGCCCCUGGUUUAAUGGUGAAGCCAUUUGUUAAAUGCACCUUCACUUUGUCAGAACCCAGGUUUGGUUGGUGGGACUGGGUCUUCUGCCCAUUGCCAGGUGCCUGCACCCCUCAGCAGCCUGGUUCUGGGAUAGUUUACCCCACGUGGCAGGGAUAGGGAUAAGGUUCUCUUCCCAGAACUGAAAGAGGAAGGCCAACCACCCGAGCCCAGAGUCACAGAUCCAACGUGGCCUCCUGUGACUCCCAAGCCCUGCCGAUGGGCCACUCAUUCUGCUUAGACACGGGGCGCCUUUCAAAAGGUGACCUUGGUGCUGUGCUGUCGUGGGCAUGAGAUGUGCUCAUGGCAUUCCACUCCCAUCUCCCCCUUACCUGAUGCCUAGACUCACGAUGACGGCAGAGCUACACAGGGGCCAGCCACGGGGUGACCAGCCACCUGAGGGCCAGUCACCUGUGAGGACCACAUGUGAGGACAGGCCCCUACUUCCCACCUUGGCCCCUCACUGCCCAGAGCUCUCUUUAUUCAUUUCUCAUGCUGAGCAUGGCACACCUCUGGUCUCUGGGCAUUUAUGGAUUUAAGACCAGGAUGGUAUUUUGGAAGCUUCCCACUGCCUUUCUAUUCUAACCAAGUGCCCAGUUCCUUUCCUGAUCAUGGAAAGACCCUUAAUAAUUAGACCUGCAGGCCAGGCGCAGUGGCUCAUGCCUAUAAUCCCAGCAUUUUGAGAGGCUGAGGAGGGAGGAUCACUUAAGCCCAGGAGUUCAAGACCAGCCUGGGCAACAUAGCAAGAACUUGUCUCACAGAAAAUAAUUAAAAAUCAGAUGUGCUGUAUCCCUGAAAACGUCUCAAUCAACAUGCAUAUUCCACUCCUGGAGUUCCCUGUCCUGAGGGCUGGCCAUGUCCUGCCUUCUGGGGCUCAACCCUCAGCACCUCCCUUUAGCCUGGGCGCUGCCUGGGUCCCAAGAGUGGCAGCUGCCCUUCCAGUCUCAGGGCUGAGGUGGGCAGGGAGCUCAGUGACUGACAGUCUUGCAUGUGUAUCACAGGGCUCGAGUGUCCUGGAACCAAUGGCUGUCACUGGGAAAAACAGCAGGCCCCAAAGAUGGAAUCAGAUGUGGCUUUGCAUUUGCCACUCAGUGCCAUCAGAGCAGUACAGACACAGCCCCUGCCCAGGAGGCUCCUUCACCACGUCCUGCUGUGCACCUCCCAGACCUUCAGACACAUCCCCAUCCAAGGCCCUCCCGGUGACAGAUUGCGUAGCCGUGGCUGCUGUGCAGACACUACGCUCAGCACACAGGUGUCAGCUCUGUAGGUCUUGUGGUGUGAGGACCCCACAGGAGGCUGCGGCUCUUGAGUGCCUGGGACCAGCAGGGUGUCCAAUGUCCCUUCCUCGGUGGCAACAAAAACUACCUGUCAGCACUUCUGUCAUUUUAUAGCCACACCCCUCUUGGAAAACUGUGGGGAAGAUGAUGGAACACAGAAGGUGCGGACGUGGUCAUUUCUCUUGUUAGCACUAAUUACAAGUUCAUGUUUUUCUGUUUAUGUAGCUUUUCCCUAUACAGCUGAAAAAGUAUUAAAGUCAAGUGUAAUGUGGGAUGGAAGGGAGGAGAUAAAUACAGCUUAUAUUUUAUAUUUUUGCAGUUUCUACUGGAAGAAAAAAGUUUUCAAUACCUAGACUAACGUGUUAAAUUUUUAAAACGUAUGCACUAUAACUGCAGCUUUCUCAGUGCCUUUCGGAAGCUUUCAAAUACUUUUUGUACUGUGGUUUGUAUUAAAUUUGCAAUAUUGAUAUAAAAUAUGACAUGCUAGUACAUGUUUAACAUAAAUUGAAAUGUCUGCAUUUUCCUAAUGAAGUCACUUUAUUUCCUUUAAA